AACGAUUCCCUCGAUUUCGUUUUAGGCAAUAGGCAUAGAGAUAGAAUAAUACAUGUCAUAAUAUUAUAAUAUAAAAGAUUAAUAAACAACUUAACUUUUACUUACCAUAUUUUAUAUUAUUCGUUUAAGAUAAUUGUUCAGUCUUCUGGGGUAUUAGCUAAUAGGUAUAUACUACAAUUUUGAGAAAAAUGUCGGACUCUAACGUCUCAAAUGACGAGGAUGAAAGUCGUAGUUUGACCAAUGGCAUUCUUCAAUCACAAAUUGAAUGUCUGGACAAUACUACAGUAUUAACGGACAAUUUUACACUUUUUGAUGUGCUAAACAAAUUUAAAGAUCAAGUAAGAAUUAUGGCUGCAAGAGUGAGUCAGUUAUAUCAAUGUAUGAACCUUGUUAAAAAUCCAACUGAUCCAUCCACACACCAAGAAGUAUUGAAAGUUAAAAAAAACAUUAUUAAUGGCAUUACCCAUUUAUUGAAAGAGACAAAACCUUUAAAUUAUCCUAAUUUCCAAUCUCUAAGUUCAGUAAAACUUCUAAAAACUUAUGAAAAAGUAUCUUCAGAAUGUAAACUACUUCUGAAUAACAUCAAACAAGAUAAUGUUAAUAUUACUAAACAUACUGAUCGGUUCAACAAUUUAUCAAUAUUUAUGAAGGAUUUCCAACAAGAGAUAGAAAAAAUUGAAGCUCAAAAUACUAUAAGUACAGAAAUGGAAACUGAGGUUGCUCGAGAAUUUAAGGAGUGCAAAUCUGAUAUGUAUUCAUUGUUAUCACAAGUGGAUCCUUCAUCUACACUGAAAGAAAUUUUAAGUUUACUAGUGGAGUGUAAUGAUGAAGAUGAAGAAGAUUGCUGGGUGGACCUUACAAAUAUGCCUCAUUUAGUCUUGCAAUGUCAUAAGCUGAAAAAACAGGGAUUUGUCUUACAAAAUGAACAAAAAAAAUUUCUUUUUAAAUUAAAUAUUUAAAUAAUAAUUGCAGUUUAUUUAACUGCAAUAAACAUUUUGUUUAAGUUGAAAAGUAAAUAUCUUAUUUUUUAUCAAAAUGAAAUAGUAUGUUAUUUUAUAUAAAUUGAUACAAUUGUACCUAUAUACAAGUUUCUUAUUAUCAUAUUUUAGUAUUUUACCAUACAUCCCUCUGCCAGUAUAAACUUGUAAUUAAAGAAAGGUUAGUAUUUUUUAUUUUAUAAAUGUAAAAAAAAAAUAAUGAAAUAAAUGUACAACAUAAUAAUCCGUGUAAACUAAACAAACUGUUUAUUUACUUCUAAGAAUAUUUUACAUACAAUAAAUUAUUAUAAUAUAUUA